AUGACACUGAACAACUCUAUCAACUACUUCUACAUCAUGCUAGGCCUUCGAGGAUGCCACGGGAUAUACCGUCAAGGCGCUCUUCGGCACACAAGACGAAUUGCAUUCAGCCGAUCAUUCCAAAGAACCUAUGCUACUGGUAGCAAGGCUAAAACACCCAAAUCAUUCAAGAUCAUAGCUGCCGCCACUGGAGCCUCUGUGCUUGUUUACGGCAUUGACGAGUACUUUUAUCUGUCACUUUUGCAACGUUCAGCUCGUGCAGUUUAUGUGCUUUUAUGGAUUGCUUACCAAUACGGAGUCAAUGCAAAGAAAUACGAGAAGAUAGACGAUCUCCACGAGGAGGCAUCUGAGAAGCUUCUCCAGAUGCUCUCGGCCAACAAGGGCCUUUACAUCAAGCUUGGUCAGGCAAUUGCCAACAACGGAACUGUGUUCCCAUUGGCAUACCAAAAGCGUUUCAUCAAUUUGUACGACGCUGCUCCCGAGGACCCUUGGGCGGAGAUAGACAGAACGCUCAGGCGGCAACUUGGCGAGAAUUACGAAAAGGACAUCUUUGAGCAGUUCGACCGUAAGCCAAUGGCAUCGGCAUCGAUUGCCCAGGUUCAUAAAGCAAAAUUGAAAAAGGAACAGCAGGAAGUGGCCGUGAAAGUCCAGCAUCCUUACAUCGCCAAGCAGAUCAACGUUGAUUUGGCCAUUUACAGAGCAAUGUCGUGGGUGUAUUCAAAGAUUUUUGAUCUCCCGUUGACAUUCUUUACCCAGUAUGUUUCGGACCAAUUGGUGAAGGAAUCUGACUUUAGGCACGAGUCAGCGAACGCUGCAAAGCUCUCAGGCCUUCUAGCACAAGAUCCAGCAAUGGAUUCGUUGAAUAUUUAUAUUCCAAAAAACUACGACGACUACACUAGAGGGCUGAUUCUCGUCACGGAGUGGAUAGAUGGCAUCUCUCUCGCCGAUAAGCAAAAGUUGAUAGAUGCGAAACUCGACAUCACCACUAUGAUGAAGCAGUAUGUUCAAAUCUUUGGAAGACAGGUGUUCAACUACGGGUUUUGCCAUUCAGAUCCCCAUCCUGGCAAUCUCAUGGCCAGAAUACAUAACGGGAAGCAAGAGUUAGUCAUCUUGGAUCACGGAUUGUACGUUACGCUUCCGGACAAAUUCAGAAAGGAGUAUUGCACUAUAUGGGAAAGCUUAUUUCUUUACGAUAAGAGAAAGAUGGAGGAGAUAGCACAUUCAUGGGGCAUUGGCGACCCACAGAUCUUGACAACCAUGGUCCAGCUCAAGCCGCCUCCAAAAGACUUUAUCGCGAGAAAUACGAGCUCUUACGAUCUUAUCAAAAGCUUUCUUGGAGAUGAGACGAAGUUUCCGUUACAGAUGCUAUUCCUUCUGCGUUCGAUGAGAAUGAUGCAAAACUUGAACCAGACUAUGGGAAGUCCAGUCAACAGAAUCAAUCUUUUCACAAAUUGCGCAUUAAAAACUCUUGCAGAGGAGAGAACAUUUUCCCUUCGCCACCCCGGUCCAUGGAUUCAGUUAUUGAAGGUGAAGGUUUCGCUCUUCCUCAGUGAUGUUAUAUUUUGGCUCUUCAGAAUCAGGCAGAUCGUGACCGGUGACCGGUAUGGUGGCAGGGGCGAAGGUAUUGAGGACUACAUUGACCAGUACAUGAGGGAUACCGCCAACAUACGGGCCAAAGAUAUAGAGCCGUUUUACGUCGGGGCCACGGCAGCGGCGUUUUCCCUGGACGGAUCCAUCGUCGCCACGCCGCUUAAUGAGGAUGUCGUGGUGACCGACUUGAACAGAAACAUCACGCUCCACACCCUAGAAGGUGACGGAGAACUUGUCACAGCCCUUGCAAUCACACCUGACGGAGCCCAUCUCGCAGUUAUUUCCCAAUCCCAGCAGCUUCGAGUGUACAAUGUCGAAAGCGGUGAAAUCACAAAACAGACUAAGCUCUCUGCUCCAGUAUACAUCGCUACUGCCGACGAGACCUCGUCACUUUUUGCAUUUGGCUCCACAGACGGAGUUGUCACAGUGUGGGACGUUGAAGGCGGGUACGUGACCCAUUCGCUUAAAGGUCACGGCACCAUCAUCUGCUCCUUGUGCUUCUACGGCGAGCUUCACUCGUCCAAGUGGAUGUUAGCGCUGGGAGACACCAUGGGCACAUCAAAAGUAUGGGAUUUGGUUAAAAGAAAAUGCAUUUCGACUCACCAGGAGCACUCGGGCGCCGUGAGAGGCCUUGCGUUCUCGCCAGACGGAUCGCAGUUCAUCACCGGUGGAAGAGACGCCGUGGUGGUCUUCUACAACACAGACAACUUGCGUAAGGUUGUGAAUACCGUGACCGUGAGGCAUCAGGUCGAAUGCUGCGGUUUCACUCAGCUUCCGCUGGGAGAGGAUGUUUUUUACACUGCAGGCUCAGAGAACCAGGUGAAGCUUUGGGACAUUGCUUCGGGUAAGCCGCUUGGAGGUUCGCCCAAACCGUUGGAAACGUCUGAAGAGCUCAUGGCCAUUGAAGUCGUCCACACAAACGAAAACACCCGUCUUUGGAUGGUGGUGUCUGAUCAGACGAUGGUGGAAAUGUCCCUCGAGGACAUGUAUGUUGAAAACGGUGCUGCCGUGAUUCCCAUCACGAGGCGAGUUGCCGGUAACCACGGAAUCAUUGCUGAUCUUCGCUAUGCCGGUCCCAACAUGGAGCUUGUUGCCAUGGCCACCAAUGCACCAGCCUUGCGUGUGGUGGACCUCAGUGCUCCUCUUGACGUACACCUUCUCGAAGGCCACACCGACCUUCUUAAUUGCAUAGACGUUUCCGAGGACGGAAAAUGGAUUCUCACGGGAAGCAAAGACAACCUGGCAAGGCUCUGGGCGUGGAGCGACGAGGCAGAGUCUUUUUCUUCAUAUGCUGUUUUCACCGGUCACGCUGGAGCCGUUACCGGCUGUGCUCUCCCGAAGAGCAUCAACAUAAUUCCCGCUUUCAUCAUCACGGCAUCUUCUGAUUUAACCGUCAAAAAAUGGCGUGUGCCUAAGGAGGCAGGCUCCACGAUGAAAACCAGUGAAUACACCAGAAGAGCUCACGACAAAGAUAUCAACUGCGUUGCUGUCGCACCCAACGACGAGCUUUUUGCCACUGCUUCUUUCGACAAACUCGGCAAAGUCUGGGACUUAGAGUCCGGCGAAACUGUUGGUGUUCUCAAGGGUCACAAGCGUGGACUUUGGGAUAUCAGUUUCUGCCAGUACGACAAACUCAUUACCACAGCUUCUGGAGACAAAACCGCCAGAGUCUGGUCGUUGGUCGACUACACGUGCACAAAGACGCUUGAAGGCCAUACCAACGCCGUGCAACGAAGCCGUUUUAUCAACAAGAGCAAGCAAAUCGUCACCACUGGAGCAGACGGUUUGGUGAAGUUGUGGGACGUCAAGGAGUCUGAGUGUGUCGCCACUUUGGACAACCACAGCAACCGUAUCUGGGCUGCUGAUAUCAAGGAAGAUGGUCUACAGAUGGUCACUGCCGAUGCUGAUGGCCACAUGAGUCUUUGGAGAGACCGUACAGACGAGUUUCUUCUAGAACAAGAGCAGCAGCAAAAAGAGAGAGUCGAACAGGAACAGCAGUUGAGCAACUACAUCAACCGCAGCGACUGGAGCAACGCCUUUUUGCUUGCACUCACGUUGGAGCAUCUGAUGAGAUUGUACAAUGUGGUGAAGGCGGCUAUUGGAGCAAACCAAGAUCCCGAGCUGGCCGUGGGACUGAAGGAGCUUGAGGAAACAAUGAGGACGUUGCAAGGGGAGCAGAUGGAGGCGCUUCUCAAAAGAGUCAGGGACUGGAAUAUCAACUUCAAGCAGUUUGAGAUAGCACAGAAGGUGUUGGCUGUGAUUGUUGCUCAGCUUGACAUGGACAACGGCGCCAUUCGAAAGAUCGUGGAGCAGGUUAUUCCGUACAACGAAAGGCACUACCAGAGACUCGACGAGUUGGUUGAGCAGACGUAUGUGCUUGACUAUGUUGUGCAAGAGAUGGAGAAGGUUUAG